AUGGGAUCAAAUGUAACGAGACCGAAGCGAUUGCCGCAUCCAAGCGAGUUCUUUUUUAAUCUGGAUAAAUAUUAUUACACUAUUCUCGCAAUUUCAUACGUAGGAUACGCUCUAUGCGCUAUGAUAAUAAUGGCAACCGAUACCAUUUAUUUUGCGCUAUUGCAACAUGUCUGCGGUGUAUUGACAAUAUUGAGUUGCAGUUAUCGUUUGAAAAAGUUGACUAUAUCCAAUGAAUCAGAUAAUAUCGAUCAUAAUCGUAUGUCUAAAUGGGACAAGAAUAUUCAGAAUAUAAUACAAUGCGUACACUUACAAAUCAGAAUAGAAAGACUAAUCCACUUGAUUCAGUCAACGUUUGCUGUAUCUUUGUUCACCGAUAUUGGUUUGGGAAUUUUGUUUCAAUGUUCUUCAUGCGUGAUGAUCGUGAUGCAUACAGACACUGUAUAUUUAAUAAAAAACUGUCCGCUUUUGCUUAUUCAAUCUAGUCGAAUGCUCUUUAACAGUUGGCUAGGACAGAGAAUUAUUGAUCAUAGUUCUCAGAUUUCUUUUGCAAUAUAUAGUGGACUGUGGUAUCAAAUGUCUUUGGAAGCAAAAAAGAUGUUGUUAUUUUUAAUAAUGAAUUGUCAAAAACCAUAUCGUAUAACUAUAGCCAAACUGUACGCAAUUAGUCUAGAAGGUUACAGUAUGCUUAUGAGAAUGUCUGCUUCCUAUGUUACAUUAAUGAUAUCAUUAAAUUCAAAUGAUAUCUAA